AUGUCUGAAUCUUUUUAUCCGAUACUUGACUCUUCCUAUAGACGAGAAGAAUGUGCCAUCCAUUUAGAAUGUCAUGUUAACUCAGAUGACAGGAUCACAGCAGGUGAAAAUUUUUCUGAUCAAAUUCUACCACCAAGUUUAUCGACAACAUCAACAAAUGGUAAACUACGACCGUAUGCUAUUUGUGCACCAACUCAAAUUAAUUCAAUUACACAAAAAUUUUAUACCGAUACAUCUAAACAACCUUCAAAUAUUAUAUUUGAUUCAUCGGCCAGACUACCAACAACAGGAACAAGAGCGACCAGAACAACAUCGAUUAGUACCUGUGAUAACACAAAUACUAAUUGCAACAAUACUAACAAUCAGAGUACAAAUUAUUCACACUGUAUCACUACAAAUCCUAUGCUCAGAUCUGCAAAUUAUGAUAUGUCGAGAUUUACAUUACCUAUAGAUAAAAAUAAUAAAUCAUUCAAAUUAAAUGAUGACACAUCAGAUUUCCUAGUGAAUAAUACAUUCAAUUCAAAUAAUUCUAUGCUCAAUAACACCAAUAAUCAUCAUAUUAGUACACUUAAUUCAACUGUUAAUUGUAAUUCCAGGGAUAAAGUAAAAAAACGCCGUAAUCGAACUACUUUUACAAGUCAUCAACUCAAUGAGAUGGAAAGAAUAUUUCAGAAAACUCAUUAUCCCGACGUCUAUGCUCGUGAGCAAUUAGCAUUGAGAACUGGAUUAACAGAAGCUAGAGUACAAGUUUGGUUUCAAAACAGACGUGCUAAAUGGCGUAAACGUGAACGUUUAGGUGGAAGUGGUAGUAUAAUCAAUGGAUCAAGUGAUUUGAGCUUACAUUUAUCUUUUUCAGAACAGAAUGAUUUACCUACACCUAAUAAUAAUAAUAAUAAUAACUCGUCAACAUCAACAGCGGUGUUUGCUGCGGCCGCGGCUGCAUGCGCUAUGGCUGCAGCUGUUACUGCUGGUACUAAUUUAAAUGGUAAUCAAUUAACUACAACACAAAAUCAUUUAAACAAACAUGUGAAUAACGAAAAUACAAAUAAAUAUACCAAUUUAUUUCUAGGAUCUAAUUCAUCUUCAUUUAUUCCUACUCCUAGUACUGUUGAUACUCGACAUAUUGCUAGCAUAUUUGAUCAACAGAAUUCAGUCAGUACAAAUUUCAAUAAUUAUGAAUCUAAUUUAAUUCAUCAUUCUAAACAGUUUUAUGAAUCACAUCCAUAUUUAUCGUUUACUUUGAAUAAGUUAGCAAAAUCUGGUAUAAACUACAAUGACAUAAGUAGAAAACCAUCUCAUGAAUGUGAUUUAAUAACUUCUGUAAAUUCACUGAAUAACGAGAAAUUCGAUAGUAAACAUUUAUUUAGAGAUCAAUUUAACGUUGCUCAUAAAUCGUCAAAUAUAAAUACGGAUUUAUCUUUGCCAAUUAUUAACAAAUCUGGAUAUAUUCAACAUAAUGACGAAUUGAAUCAGCAUCAUCAACACCAACAUUAUCAACAACAACACAGUUCAACUGAACGCAAUGCAAGUUCUAUGCAUGAAAGAUGGCAGUAUCUUACAGAUGUCAAGCGUCAUUCUGUAAAACAUCCUUUUUCUUCUACUGAUAUUCCAACGGAUCGACAGAGAAAGUAUUCCUCGUCUCCAACUAGUAUUGAGUGGUCAUUAAAUGCGCAAAAUGACAUUAAAAAUAAAAAUAAUAAUGAAGUUAAUUUUAACUGUUACUCAGUAUCUGAACCUGGAGAUCAAUUAGUUACUAAUCAAAUUAAUAUAAAAAAGAACGAUGUACAUAAUCCACUUGAAACGGCAAUAACAACGAAUAAUACUUCUAUUAAAAAUCAUCAUACACUUUGGAAUUCAACAGAAUUAACUAAUUCCCUAUAUUUGAAUAAUACUUUCACUGACAAUCAUCAACUUGUGAAUACUUCAAUCAAUGGGGAUAAAUCUAUCUCUCCUACUAAUAACAGUAUUAAUAACACUAAAAAUGAAAAUUUAAAAUCGAAUUUAAGAUGGAAUCUUUCAACAGAAUUGAAAGAAUCUAACUGGUUAGUUAAUAAACAACAUAUGACUGAUUUCUAUGAUGAACAAAAUUCCACUGAAAGUAAGAUAUUCAUCUAGUUUGAAAUGAUUUAAUUAAUGGAAUUAUGAUAUUAUUAGUGAGUUUUUAGCCUUCUUUGUUUUAUUUAUGCUUUUUUGUUCCUUCAUACAAAUUGAUGAAUAAUGCUUAUUCAAAAACUAAAUACAAGUAUCUUUAUGGGUUUUUGACUUUUAACAAUUUUCUGAUUGUAUUGUUAACAGUUAUGAUUGAAAUUCUAAUCAUGUACAAUAAUAAAG